UACUUAACGGUCCUUUUGCACUUUAAGCACAAAACACACACUCUCUCUUCUCUCCAAUGUAGGUCGCCGGAAAAUGGCUAAAUAUCACCGGAACAACGUCGGAAACCUCGUUCUCGGCCACCACCACCACAACUCCACUAAAACACCGACAUUCUCCAGUCACUUCCGCUUAUGGAACUCUCUCUCCAUCGCUUCCCUCCGUCGUAUCAUCCUCGACGCCGUCAGCUGCGGUGCUAGCUCCCGCUACAAUCACCGCCGACGAAGCAACAUCGACGAAUAUGAAACCGAAGACUUCUCUUCAGCAACGAGAUCAGAUUCAUCUUCUUCCUUCGAUAAACGGAAACAAAAACAGGAAAAUCAAAGCUAUAAACCGAAUGCAAAAUCGGAGAAACUUUCCGAUCUUCUGAACAUAGCGGAGAUGGAAACAGAAGCGGAGGCGAAGAAGAAAGAAGAAGCGUUAGAAGAACUGAAGAGACUCGUGAAGGAUUUGCACAACGAAGAAGAUUCAGUUAAACGGCGAGAAGCUGCAACCACCGUGAGAAUGCUCGCUAAGGAGAAUUUGGAAGUUCGUGAAACUCUCGCUAUGCUCGGAGCGAUUCCGCCUCUCGUCACAAUGCUUGAUUCACAAGAAGUUGAUUCUCAGAUCGCUUCACUCUAUGCAUUGCUCAAUCUCGGAAUCGGAAACGAUGCAAAUAAAGCAGCCAUUGUUAAAGUUGGUUCUGUUCAUAAGAUGCUUAAGCUUAUUGAAUCUUCGGAUGGUAUUGAUUCUGCGGUUUCUGAAGCGAUUGUUGCGAAUUUUCUUGGAUUAAGUGCUUUGGAUUCGAAUAAACCGAUAAUUGGAUCUUCUGCUGCAAUACCGUUUUUAGUUAGAACCCUUCAGAGUUUAGAUAAGAAAAGGAGUAGAAAUCAAGUUAAGCAAGAUGCUCUUAGAGCACUUUACAAUCUUUCGAUCUUCCCAGCCAAUAUUCCAUUCAUUUUGGAAACUGAUUUGGUACCGUUUUUGAUAAACUCGAUUGGCGACAUGGAAGUGACCGAAAGAAACCUCUCGAUCCUUAGCAACUUGGUAUCGACUAGAGCGGGUAGAAAGGCGAUAAGUAGUGUUCCUGAUGCAUUUCCUAUCUUGGUGGAUGUGUUGAAUUGGACGGAUUCGCCUGAAUGCCAGGAAAAGGUUUCGUACAUUUUGAUGGUUAUGUCGCAUAAAUCUUAUGGUGACAAGCAGGCCAUGAUUGAGGCUGGGAUUAUGUCGUCGCUCCUUGAGUUGUCGCUUAUUGGUACUACUUUGUCUCAGAAUCGGGCGUCAAGACUAUUGGAAAUUUUGAGAAUAGACAAAGGGAAACAGGUUUCUGGGAACUAUGGCGGAAGUUUAGGCACAGCUGUCUCCGCCCCAAUUUGCGGAACUUCAUCAAGUUCAAAACCAGAUGAAGGAGGAGGAAAAUCAUGCUUGGAAGAGGACGAAGAUAUGAUGAGCGAGGAGAAGAAAGCAGUGAAACAAUUAGUCCAAUUAAGUUUACAAAACAACAUGAGAAAAAUUGUUAAGAGAGCCAAUUUGCCGCAAGAUAUCGUUCCAUCAGAUCAUUUUAAGUCAUUCAGUUCAAGUUCAACUUCAAAGAGCUUACCAUUCUGAAGAAUUUUAGAUGUGCAGUGAGUCUAGGUUAAAGAUAAUGAACCAUAAUAUCCAAAUGGAAUGGAAGGAUUAAAACUCAGAUCUGGUUUGGUAUGGAGAAAGCUUAGCUGUUGGUUGCAAAUAAGGGCAUUAUGUCCCCACUAUGUAAAUGCUGUGCAUUAUGUCUCUUGUGGGGUAAUAUAAUCUGUAAUGUUAUCUUCUGGUGAUUGUUUUAAUUAUAUUGACUUUUUAGUGUAAA